AGGACUCGCUCGUGAAACGGGAGAAAUAAACAGAUACGGAGCAGAGGGAAAAAAGAGGACCGAGGGAGUGAUAGCGUGCAAGAAUUCAAGGCAUAUCCUCCCACCCCCUUCCCCCCCUUGAACAAGGCUCCAUCUUCAUCACCUCAGUAUUCUCUUUAAUGGAUAGAAAUUAUCCUGGUACUGGAUUCGGUGAUUUGGGCGCUGGUACGGGAUGGAGUUACGAGCGAUCGGCGAAAGCAAGCCUGGUGUACGGCAGCUCCAGGUCCUCCCACCCCGACUCAGAGCUGCUCCACCGCCAGGCCUACGGCAGCCCCCACCCCCUGCAGGGCUAUGCAACCAAUCACCAUCCAGGGAGCGGGGGACAGGGCGGAGCCUGGGGGGCAGCUGGGCGGAGCCUAGGGUUGUCGGGACUUUUUGACGCCGGCCUUCACCACCAUGGCAGCCCCUCGGGUCACGACCCGUCCGUCAUGAACCUGAUCUCGGCCCUGGAGUCCCGGGGCCCCCAGCCCCCGCCCUCUGCCUCCUCGCUCCUGUCCCAGUUCCGGACUCCGUCCUGGCAGUCUGCCAUGCACACGCCGGCCCCCGCUGAGCUCUUCAUCUCGGGGUCCCUCCCCGGCUCGGGCUCCUUCCCGUCGUCCUCCGCCCUCUCGGCCUAUCAGCACCCGGCGCCCUUCUCGGGGCGCUCCUUCACCCCCUCGCUCUCCCUCCAGGACACGCCCACCUUCAGCCCCACGUCCAACGGCCUGCUGUCCCCCCACGACCCCCUGCUCCACAUCAAGCCCCCCCCGCAGCCCGGCCUGGGCUUCGACCGCCUGCUGUCCUCGCAGAGCGCCUCGGCCUACCGGGGGGGCGGCCAGGAGCCGCCGGGGCCCCCCCAGUCCCAGGGCCCCUCGGGGCCCCCGGGCCGCCACCUCUCCAGCGCCCAGUUCAACCUGCUGUCCUCCCAGCUGCAGGACCAGUCGUCCCAGCUCUACAACACCUCCAUGUUCUCGUCGGGGCCGCCCCCGCCCCAGGCCCCGCCCCCUCAGGAGCGCGCCGUCCCGCGGCAGGACAGCGUGAUCAAGCACUACCAGCGCUCCUCGGCGGCGCAGGCCCAGCUGCAGAGCCCGGGGCCCCACCCCCUGCAGCACUACCUGAGCUGCGGGGGCCCCCCGGGCUACCAGCAGCUCUCGGGCCACCACCACCGGCACGCCGCGGUGUCCUGCAGCCCCCUCGGGGAGCUCAGCCCCUCCUCAGACCCCAAGCCCUCGUCGCGGGGCGAGGCGCAGGCCUACCGCCCCGCCGUCCCGGCCCCCUACGCCCCCGCCCCCUCCGCCCCCAGCUCCGCCCCCUCCUCCGCCGCCGCCGCCGCGGGCGCCAAGCCGACCAAGAGCUCCGGCUCCAGCAGCGGGUACUCCUCCUCGGGGUCGGCCUCGUCCCGCACGCCCCACACGCCCCCCUCCGCCUCCUCUACCUCGUCAUCCUCCUCCUCAGCCUCCGGCGGCGGCGGCGGCGGCGGCGGCGGCUCCAACGCGUCGGCGCCCUCGCGCCAACAGCCCUCGUCGCAGUCGGUGCCGCCUCCCCCCCCCCCGCCGCCGCCCCCUCCCGUGGUUUCCUCCACUCCGGUCCAGCAGGCGGCGCCCAAGCCCUGCCUCUCUGCGUACGGCUCCCCCGUCACGGCGGUGAAGCCCAGCGCCGGCCUGCAGGGCCAGACCCCCCCCCAGCAGCAGCAGCAGCAGCAGCAGGCCCAGUCCUACUCCCCUAACCAGCCCCCCUCUGCACACAUUGCACAGCCCUACGGGGGCUUCAACUCACCGCAGGCCCAGGACCUGAGCUCAGGGCCGCUGCCCUCUGGCGGGAAGGGCUACGGCGGCCUGGGGCCCGGCGGACGCUCGUUCUCGGCGGAGGUGGUCUACGGGGCCGAGUCCAGCUACGGCUCCCUGCAGGGCUCCCUGGGCGGCGCGGGGAGCCCGUCCCUGGGCUACGGCGGGGCGGGGGCCUCAUCAGGGAGCGGCGUCGCGGGGCCCGGCGCGGCGUCGUCGGCCGGGGGCGUGUCCUCGGGGUCGGGGGGCGGGGGUCCCUCGGGGGGCAACGGGGGCUCUUACCACAUCCCCGACUCCAGCCCCUCCCCCUCCAGCAACUCGGCCAUCGUCCGGCCCGGCCUGCACUCGCCCGUCCCCCCGCGACCGGCGCAGUCCCCGGGGGGCGCCGGCGGCGGCAACAAAUACCUGUCGUCGGUCCUCUCCCCGGCGUUCAUGUCCUCGCCGCAGGGCUACCCGGACGGCCGAGCGGCUCAGAGCCAGUCGUACCACCCCUCCUCCUCCUCCUCGUCCAAGGCCAAGGCCGAGGCCGACCUGCUGGGGGUCGACCGGCCCCACGAGGAGGAGGACGAGGACGAGGACGACUUCCUCAUCCAGCACUUACUGCACGCCCAGAGCCCCGUGCCGCACCCCUCCCAGCACCACGCCCACCCGCCCCCCGGCCAGCCCGCGGCCCAGGCCCGGGACGGCGGCUCCAAGGCCUACGACAUGAACAAGGCAUCGGAGGAGCGCUACCACCUGCAGAGCGUCAUCCGCACCAACAGCGCCCCCGGCGGCGGCGGCGGCGGCCUGGACGGCCAGGUGGAGAUGUCGCUGAAGAAGCAGCACCAGCAGACCAAGUCGGAGCAGAGUCGCGUCGGGGCGGACCCCCACCCGCACUCGAACCCCCACGCUCACGGCGGCCACCCCCAGCACCACCAGCAGCAGCAGCAGCACGAGGGCAUGGGCUCGGUGGUGCACUACGGCCGGGGGGACCCCUACUCACAGCACUCGCAGCACCCCCACCACGGCCCUCACGUGUCGCACCCAUCGCGGCACCCCCAGCACCCCCAGCACGGCCUGCCGCACCCCCACGCCCACCCCCACCCCAGGGAGCUGAAGAAGGGCCCCGACGCGGGCGAGCUGCCCUACCUGCGCAAGACGCCCGACGCGCAGCAGCAGCAGCAGCAGCAGCAGCAGCAGGCGCGGCAGGGCCAGGCCUCCAUGUCCCUGAUGGACGCGCCCGCCGACCAGCCCGUGCCGUCGCACAUGCUGCAGUCCGUGCUCUCCCACACCGCGCGCACCAAGAUGGACCCCCAGCAGGCCAUGAUGGGCUCCGGCGGCGGCGGCGGGGGGAGCUCGGGGGUGGACCCCCACCCCCAGAGCCAGUCCUCCCAGCUGCAGCUCCAGCUCCAGUCCCACGCCAUGGAGGCCCACUACGGCCGGGGGCCCCAGGCGAGGGACCAGGGCCCCGGCGGGCAGAACUCGGUGUCGCCGCUGGACAUGCUGGAGCGCUCGCUCUCCCGUACCAACAGCAGGGACAGCGGCGCCCUGCCCGAGAGGGGCGGCGGGCUGGGGGGGGGCGUGUCCGUCGGGGGAGGGGGGGAAGGCGCCACCAGAGAGAGACACCGACAGCAGCAGCAGCAGCAGCAGCAGCAGCACCGGCUCCCCGCGCACCUCCACCCCCAGCAGACGGCCUCAGACCUCCACGACUUCCUCUCCGAGCCCGACAUGAUGUCGGCGCCGUCGCACCUCCACCACCUCGGCGGGCAGCAGCAGCAGCAGUCCCACGGCCAACACAACGCCCAUCACCAGCCCCAGGCCCACGCCCACCACCAGCUCUCGCACCCCCACGUGGGCCACGCGCACGCCCACCAGCUGGCCGCCAACAUGGCAACGUCUCAGCAGCAGCAGCAGCAGCAGCAGCAGGCCCAACCGCGGGAGCCGGAGCCACAGCUGGCACAUUCCCAGUUAGAUCAGCUUAAAGAGCACCAGUUUGACACUGGGAGCCCCGUGGGCAAAGCAGGACCCAAUCAGACUCAGCAGCAGCAGCAGCAGCAACAGAGGUUCGUACCGCUCACCUCCAUCUGCUUCCCGGACUCUCUCCUCCAGGAUGAAGACCGGUCCUUUUUCCCCGGGAUGGAGGACAUGUUUUGCUCGGAGGAUUACAAGUCGAGCUGCGCCGGGGACUCCGGAGCGGGCCAGGGCGUCCAGGAGGGCAUCGCCCAGGGUCGGGGGCAGGGCCAGGAGGCCAUGAAGGCGUCAGGGGGCGGGUAUGACAUGAUGGGUCACCACGGCGACCAGGGCUACGGACAGUACUGCCACGGCCUCCCGGAGACGGGCAACGGAGGCAUGCACUUGGACCUGGACGCGCUGAAGAGCCACGAGCUGCCGUCCACCGUGAACACGGAGCAGCUCGGCCUGAUCCAGUCGCAGGCCUCCGGCCUGGGCAUGGCGGGCUCGGGCGUGCCCGGCGACGGCUCGGUGAACAAGAUGAUGGGAGCACUGCCGGGACUGGGCGGCGGCGGCGGCAACACGGGCCCCGGCGGCCUCACCUCGCCCAUCUUCUGCUCGUCCCGGCCCAAGAAGCUCCUGAAGACCAGCUCCUUCCACCUGCUGAAGCAGCGCCGCGAGCCCCCCGCGGCGUCCAAGAAGAACUACGCGCAGGAGUACGAGUUCGAGGACGACGAGGACAAGGCGGACGUGCCCGCCGACAUCCGGCUCAACAGCAGCCGCCGGCUGCCCGACAUGCUGCCCGACCUGGUCUCCAGCUGCCGCAAGGCGGGCAGCGGGACCCCCGGCGGCAGCGGGCUGAGCCCCCUGAUGGGCGACAUGGAGUUCUGCCACCCCACCACCGGCGGUGGCGGCGGCGGCGGCUACGCGCCCAUGGGCGCCCACCCGCCGCAGCUCCUCCCCCACGAGGGGCCCAAGAAGCGCGGGCGGAAGCCCACCAAGCCCAAGCGCGAGGGCCCCCCGCGGCCCCGAGGCCGGCCCCGCAUCCGCCCGCUGCCCGAGCCGCCCUACUGCCGCGGCCUCCUGGGCGCCGCCGGCGGGGAGACCAAGAGGGGGCGGGGCCGGGGCCGCGGGCGGGGCCGGCGGGACGAGGGGAUGCUGGAGAUGCACCGGGACAUGGCCAAGCCGCCGUGCCUGCCCUAUCACCCACAGCAACAGCAACAACAACAACAACAACAACAGCAACAACAAGUACAGCAACACGCGCCGCAGCAGUUCCACCAGCAGAUGCAGCACCAACACCUCCAUCACCAGGCCGCCCCCCCGCCGCCGCCCCAGCUGCACCACCACCAACACCACCACCUCCAUCAGCAGCAGCAGCAGCAGCAGCAGCAGCAUCUCCCCUACCCGCACCACCAGCCGCCCCCCCAGCACCAACAGCAUCCGCAGCACCAGGAGCCAAUCCGACCCAUCAAGAUCAAGCUGCCCAUCGCAUCCAUGCCCUCGUCCGACGCCCUGCUGCGGACGGACUCGCUGUCCAGCAACGAGCCCGUGCUGUCCGACGGCUCGGUGGGCUCGGCGCCCUCGCUGGGCCUGAGCCCCGGGCCCCCCCCCAGCAUGGACAUGGGCAGGGCCGACCUGAACCCCAGCCACGAGAAGAUGAUGAAGCAGCAGCAGCAGCAGCAGCAGCAGCAGAAGGCUCCUGAGAUGACCUGGGAGAGGGAGAUGGAUGAGGAACUGACCCCCGAAGCCUGGGCCACCAUGCAGAAGCUCUCCAGCACGACGGAGGACAAGGCCCCCGAGCUGAAGCCCGGCUUCGUGGCGUCCUUCCUGGACUUCCUGAAGACGGGGAAGAAGCAGGGCUCGGGCCCCGAGGGCGACGACGACGACGACGACGAAGACGAAGACGACGAGGAGGAGGAAGACGAGGAGGACGCGGGCGGGGACCCCUGCUCCUCCCUGAAGGGGGGGAUGCGCCCGCUGUCCACGCCGCCCCCUCCCUUACCCCUGGCCCCGCCGCCGUCGCAGCAGGAGCAGCAGCUCGCCGCCGCCGCCGAGUUCGGCGAGGCGGGCGGAGCAUCUGCCGGCAACGGUGACGGCGACGGCGACGACGGGGACGACGGAGACGAGGAGGCGGGCUCGCUGGGCCUCGGCGGCUGCCCGAGCCCGGGCAAGCGUCUGGACGAGGAGCUGAAGAGGAACCUGGAGACGCUGCCCUCCUUCUCGUCGGACGAGGAGGACUCGGUCAGCAAGAACCAGGACCUGCAGAAGAGCAUCUCCUCGGCCAUCUCGGCGCUCUACGACACGCCGCACUCGCUGGCCGCCGCCAUGGCCGCCGCCGUGGCCGAGGCCCAGGCCCCGCCCAGCCCGCGGGCCCCGCCCCCGCUCAGCCCGCCCCUGCCCCCCACGCCGCCGCUGCUCACGCCGGCCAGCGCGGAGGAGGAGGUGACGGCCGUGACGGAGGAGGAGGAGGAGGAGGAGAUGGAGCAGCAGCAGCAGAGGGCGAGGGGCCCGGAGGAGAAGGAGGAGCAGCAGCAGGACGGGGAGCCGAGGGCCGCGCAGGGAGAGGGCCCCGACGAGGAGGAGACGAUGAGGAGAAGAGGAGAGGAGGCCAGCAUGGAGGAGGCCUGGAAGAGAGGCAUGGAGGAGGAGGAGGAGGAGGAGAGGAGGCUGGCCGACUUCCACAUGCUGGAGGUUCCUAAAGUUGAAGACUCCCCGUCCGCCCCCCCAGUGCUGGCGCCCGUCCCUCCCUCCCCCUCCCUCUCCCCGCCAGCUGCCUUGCCGGCGGGCUCCUCCCCGCCCCCCUCGGCCUCCCCCCCGGCCGGGGCCACCUCCCCCCUCUCCGUCCCGCCGGCGGCCGCCUCCGUGCCCCCCCCCUCCGCCACGCCGCCCCCCUCCUCCUCGGAGCAGGACCACGACCCCUCGCCCUCGGCCUCCUCCUCCUCCUCCUCGGCCUCUUCGUCGGCGGCGUCGUCGCCGUCGCCGCCCCCGUCCCCGCCCACGCCGGAGGAGGAGCCCCCGGCAUCCCAGCGGCUCACCUCGCUGCACCUCGCCAAGAAGCAGGCGGACGCCGCCAUCGCCGGGGAGAGCGAGGAGGAGGACAGCGAGAGCGGCGGCGAGGGGAUCUUCCGGGAGCGCGACGAGUUCGUGGUGCGCACCGAGGACAUCGGCACGCUCAAGCUGGCUUUGCAGACUGGCCGUGAGCCUCCACCCAUCUGGAGGGUGCAGAAGGCCCUGCUGCAGAAAUUCAGCCCUGAGAUCAAAGACGGACAGCGUCAGUUCUGUGCCACCAGCAACUACCUUGGCUACUUUGGCGACGCCAAAAUGCGGUACCAACGGUUAUACGUGAAGUUCUUGGAGAACGUCAACAAGAAGGACUAUGUGCGCGUGUGCUCCAGGAAGCCGUGGCACAGAGCAGGUCUCACACUGAGACGGCAGUCCCUCCCCAAGCCCCCGCCCACGGCGCUCAGCCAGACCCCGCCCCGCGUGGAGCGGGACGAGCGGGAGCGACUCCGCGAGCGGGAGCAGAAGGAGCAGCGGGAGCGGGAGCAGAAGGAGAAGGAGGACAGGGAGAAGGAGGAGCAGGAGCAGCGGGAACGGGAGCGCAAGGCCCGGGAGCGGGAGGAGCGGGAGGAGAGGGAGCUGAGGGAACGGGAGCGCAAGGAGAAGGAGCGGGAACGCCGGGAGCGGGAGCAGAAGGAGAAGGAGCAGAAGGAGAAGAGGGAGAAGGAGAGGGACCACAGAGAGCGGGAGCAGAAGGAGAAGGAGCAGAGGGAGCGCGACCGGAAGGAGAAGGAGCAGAAGGAGAAGAAGGAGAAGGAGAAGGAGCGGUCGCUGAGGGAGAGGGAGAGGAAGGAGCGCGAGCAGCGGGAGAAGGAGAGGGAGAGGAAGGAGCGCGAGCAGAAGGAGAAGCUGGAGAAGGAGCGAGAGCGCCGCGAGAGGGAGAAGGAGCAGAAGGAGAAGGAGAGGCAGCGGGAGAGGAAGGAGAGGGAGGAGAGGGAGGAGCGGGAGAGGAAGAGGCAGGCCUCCCAGGAGAGGAAGAGCGUAGGAGGAGGAGGAGGGGAGCGCGGCAAGCCCAAGGGGGAGAAGAGGGAGGCGGAGAAGGUGACGGAGCGACCCUCCAGGGCCCGCGGGCUGAAGGACAAGGCCGAGCCCCCGCCCAAGAAGAGGAAGAAGUGGCUGAAGGAGGUGCCCUCCUCUUCCUCGGACUCCUCCUCCUCGGCCGACGGCGCCAGCGACGACGAAGGCGCGCUGCGCGGCGGGCUCAACAGCCGAGCCAUGAGGGAGAUGUACCGGAGCUACGUGGAGAUGCUGGUCAGCACGGCUCUGGACCCCGACAUGAUCCAGGCCCUGGAGGACACGCACGACGAGCUGUACCUCCCGCCCAUGAGGAAGAUCGACAGCCUGCUCAACGAGACGAAGAGGAGGCUGGUGAGAAGAGCGAACAUGAACGCCCAGCACCAGGAGACCCUGCACGUGUUCCCCAAGAUGACGGCCGACCCCCUGGACUCGGGCUCCAUCAAGGUGCACCUGGGCGGGGAGGCCUACAACCGCAAGACCCUGAACCGCGUGAAGAGGAGCGCGCCCAAACCCCAGGACCUCAAGCUGUCGACGGAGGCGUGCCGGGUGUACAGCCUCUACCACUCGCUCCACCACUACAAGUACCACACCUUCCUGCACUGCAAGAAGGAGACGGACAGCAUCGAGCAGGCGGCGGAGGAGGACCCCGGCCAGGAGGAGGUGGUGCAGCAGUGCAUGGCCAACCAGGGCUGGCUGGAGACCCUCUUCACCUCCUUCAUGGAGCUGCUCACGCUGAGCGCGAAGGCCUGAGAGGUGGAGGAGGAGGAGGAGGAGGAAGAGGAG